ACCAUGGCCCCGCAGCACGCAGGUAGCAGGAAGCGGAAAGCGCCCGCGCACGAGGCCGCCGCCGGGGGCUCGGCGUCGCCGGGGGCGGCCGGGGCGCACGGAGAGGGGCCGCUGCAGCCCAAGAAGCAGAGGCGGCCGGCGCCGCGACGCUCGCUGGUGCACUACCUGAAGGACCGCGAGGUGGGUGCGCCGGGGCGCGCGGGGCUCCCGGGCUUCGAGCGCCAGCUGAGCAGCCACGCGGUGCGCAGCCUGCCCGAGGUGCUGACGGAGCGCCCGCUGGCCCUGGGCACCCUCAACAAGGUGUUCGCGUCGCAGUGGCUGAACGCCAGGCAGGUGGUGUGCGGCACCAAGUGCAACACGCUCUUCGUGGUGGACGUGCACUCGGGCCACAUCACGCGCCUCCCCCUGAUGCGGGACAGGGUGCCGGCGCUGGUCGGGCCCCAGCCGGGCUGCGGCAUCCACGCCAUCGAGCUGAAUCCCUCCAAGACGCUCCUGGCCACGGGGGGCGAAAACCCCAAUAGUCUGGCCAUCUACCAGCUGCCCACCCUGGACCCCGUGUGUUUGGGCGACCGCCAGGGCCACAGCGACUGGAUCUUUGCCAUCGCCUGGAUGAGUGACACCGUGGUUGUGAGUGGCUCCCGCGACGGUACCGUGGCUCUGUGGCGUUUGGACCCUGACAUUUUCAGUGACUGCAUUGCUUGGCGCAAUGUAAUGAAGGUCCCCUUGUAUGCCCACAUCCGCCCAAAGGACGUGGAAGCCAUCCCCAGGGCCAGCAUCAACCCCAGUAACCGCAAAGUCCGCGCCUUGGCUUUCAGCGGCAGGAACCAGGAGCUGGGAUCCGUCUCCCUGGACGGCUACUUCCACCUGUGGAAACCUCGCAGCAACCUGUCCAGGCUGCUGUCCGUCAGGCUGCCCUACUUCCGAGAGAACGUGUGCCUGACCUACUGCGAGGAGUUGUCCCUGUACGCGGUGGGCUCCCAGUCCCACGUCUCCUUCGUAGAUCCGCGCCAGGGCCAGCACAACAUCCGCCCGCUGUGCUCCCGCGAAGGUGGCACUGGCGUGCGCUCGCUGAGCUUCUACCAUGACAUCAUCACCGUGGGAACGGGCCACGGCUCCCUGCUCUUCUAUGACGUCCGCGCCCAGAAGUUCCUGGAGGAGAGAGGCGACGCCGUCCUGGACUCCUCUCCAGGGACUGCCAGGAGGAAGCUGAAGCUCACCUGUGGCAGAGGCUGGCUCAAACACGAUGGGUUCUGGGUGAAUUACUAUGGUGGUGUGGACGAAUUUCCCAAUGCUCUCUACACCCAUUGCUACAACUGGCCAGAGAUGAAGCUCUUUGUAGCUGGGGGGCCUCUCCCUUCUGGCCUCCAUGGGAACUAUGCAGGCCUGUGGAGCUAA